CCUCCCUCUUCUGCAUGCUCUCUCUCUCGCGCGCAAACACACUUGCAUCAAAUGACAUAUGCAGAAUGAAACCAUUCGUCAACAACCGAAUUCCAAAAUUAGAACGAUCUAAAAGGGCAAUCAAUGCACACCUAAUUGUGAAACAUUGAUCUUGCUAAAACGUUUACAAUAAGGAUGAUCAUCAGUUGUUCGGAUGUUGAGAAUUUUGUGGCUGGGCAGUUCUGUGAUGAGGAAUUUGUUUGAGUUUUGAAGACAUAAGUAUGAAACAAUGGUAGAGAAUGCUUGCUUCAUAAUAACUGCAUACUAGAGGCAAAAUCAUUGUGGAAAUGGGGGUGAAAGAAAAUGAUGCUGUUCAGGAUGACUGGUCUGAACCACCAUCACCAAUUGAGGUGUUGCAGCAGUUGUCCAAGGAGGCAGUCAGAAUGGCAGGUGAGGCAUGGCAUCAUGCCUGUCCAGCUAAUACUCCAACUUUGCAGGCAGUACCAAGGCAUAGGCGUGCACGAAGUGAAAUAGUCACUUCAAGUCAUAAUCCAAGCGGUAGCUCCAGUAAUUUCCAAAGACUGAAGGGCCAUAUGCAAAGGGCUUUGCACUUGGGUGGCCGUUGUUCACGUGAUGAUAGCCAGUAUUCAUCUUUCGAUCCUGAGAUUCUGGCUAAUCAGAAAAGGCAGUGGUAUCAGCUCAACUCUAAAGCAUUGGGUACUGACAUGUAUCAAGAGCCAUCCUCGCUUUUUGAACACUUUGUUGUUGUGGGGCUCCAACCAGAUGCCAAGCUUGAGUUUGUUGAGGAUGCAUAUAUAAGAGGAAAGAAAUUCGAGCAACAAAUGAAAAAAAUUGAAACAAGCGAAUUCAACAUGCGGCCACUUCGACCCCCCAAAUUCCCAAUGAUGGAACCUCAGGUGCUCUUUAUGUAUCCUCCUAGAAAGAAGUUGGAUUUGCAAUUACAGGAUCUUGCUGCAUUUUGCUUUCCUUCAGGGGUUAAGGCUCGUGUACUGGAGAGAUCACCAUCAUUAAGUGAGUUGAAUGGGCUUGUUUAUGGACAGGAACACUUGACCAGAGAUGAUUUCUCAUUUAUAUUUUCACUAAAGGUAGCAGGCAAUGCAACACUUUAUGGUGUUUGCUUGCGAGUUCAAGAGAUUGUUCAGAGGCCACCUGCCAUAUAUGGGUCUCGAUCACCUCUUCCUCAACCAAAUUCUGUCGGCAGCAGGUGGUUGAUUGCUGCUCCACGUUGUUAUUGUAUCUUGACAAAGGUGCCGCUGUUCGGAUUACAUUAUCAGAUACUGAACAGCAUGGUUGCACAAGAUCGUCUGAAUCGGAUUACUAACUUUGUUGAAGAAAUGGCUCUUGCUACCACUGAACCUCCUCAAUCUAUGCAAAAACAGCAUUUAAAUGCGAAGCCUCCUGGUUCUGCAAGUGACACAAACUGGAUGGCCUCUGCAAUCCCUGUUAAACAUGCAGCAACUCUUGCUGCUGCAGCAGCAGGCAUGAUAUCUGAUAAGGAGGCAUCAUCAAGGUGUCAAAAUUCUCCUAGGAGUGCUACGGCCAGUGAUGCAUCAGAGAAUUGCCAAAUGAAGGAUUUGGAUAAGGAUAGUAGCAAGAACUUUGAUAGUCCAUCUGCUAGCAAGAACUUUGAUAGUCCAUCUGCGAAUUCGGGAAACCAAUCAGUAACAAGCAUUCGGAGUCUCGAAUCCUUAUUUAGUCCAGCUAGAAGUAUGGCGUCAGAUGAUGGUUCCACUAGCCAGGAUGAAGAUCCAACUGAUGAUGUGAUAAUGGAAUGGUCAAGGGAAAAUAAGAAUGAUUUGCUACAGAUAGUUUGUGGCUAUCAUCGUCUUAAUCUUCCUGAAAGAGGAAGCAAAAUCAAUUUUCAGCCGCUGGAGCAUAUGCAACCCAUUGAGUUUCGACGUUUCUCCGCUUCUGACCUUGGAUACUCUGAUAAGUAUAUUGAUAAAAUAACGAAAGUUUCGAAGGAUGAUUCUGAGGUCAAGUUAAAAUUAGCUAAUGCCGAGGAAGCUUCUUCACUCUCUCUAUGGUCAAUAUCUACAAUAUGUCGAGUUCUUUCUCUUGACAGUAUCCUUACCUUGAUCACUGGUGUAUUGUUGGAGAAACAAAUUGUUAUGAUGUGCCCAAACCUGGGUAUUCUAUCAGCUGUGGUGUUGUCCGUCAUCCCUAUGAUUCGUCCAUUUGAGUGGCAGAGUUUAUUUCUUCCAAUUCUACCAGCGAGGAUGGUGGAUUUUCUGGAUGCUCCUGUUCCAUUCAUUGUCGGCACACAACACAAACUAACUGAUCUGAAACGAAGAGCUCCUAAUCUUGUUCACAUUAAUCUAAUGAAUGACUAUGUGACGUCUUGUAGUCUUCCUAAACUCCCCCGACAUCAAUGGCUUGUUUCGGAACUUAGGCCUAUCCACUCAAAGUUGUCGUGUGAAGACUCUGAUGCUCCAAGACAUCCAGUUUAUAAAUGUGAUGCAGUGCAGUCGAGAUAUGCCAUUAAAUUUGUAACCGUGUUGAGGAAAUAUCUGGAAUCGAUUUGUUCGGAUUUGAGGUUCCACACGAUCACGAAUGUACAAUCCAAUGAGAAGGUUGCAAUACUUAUUAAAGAUAGCUAUAUUGAUUCAUUCCCCAUAAAAGACCAGCCUUUUAUCAAGUUAUUUGUAGAGACACAGCAAUUCAGCGUUUUGUCAGAUUAUCGUCUCAUGUGCAUUGAGAAUGAAUAGAGAGACAAGGCGUGCAGCUUUAGAAAUCACACUCUCAAACUCAUCUGCUAUCCUCGUUAUAUUUCACCACUGCUUGCUGCUAAAUGUGUCCAAUUUUAUUAGUAUUUUUUUUGGCACCAUUAAAGAUGAGUUUGGAUUAAUUGUCAGUUGAUACUCUUGUUGAAAUAAUCAAAGGGCAUAAUAAUAGCUCUAUUGUUUCCCUUAAA